AUGGUCGAGGUCGUCACUGAUGGCGGCUUCGAGGCCGCCCCCAACGACGACACACUGACAACCGACAUCACGAGCGGUGCCUGGACCGUCACCGGAUCAGCGUACUUCGAUUUCAACGGUGGUCCCGAUGGGUACCAGACGCCUAAUGGCCAGAAGUUCGUUGUCUUUUCCGGUACGAACGAGGUGCUUCCUUCGGUCUCGCAAGACAUCACAGGCCUGGUCGCCGGAGAACUCUACUCUCUCAACUUCGAUUAUAGCAUCUCUUACUCCUCCGCUUCCAACAACGGAGGAGCUAGUCCCUGCUACCUAUCGUUCUUUCUCGACGGAGAGGGCGAACCUCAGCUGAUUGGAUACCUCGGACCCGCCCAACCGGCCUGGGCCUCGAUCUGGAAUGUCGGCUUCAUCCCGCCGUGUUCGGACUCGACUCUGGUCUUCAGCUGGGAUUGCUCGGGUCUGCCGGACGGGACGAGGAUCGACUUUGCGAUUGACAACAUCAGUUUGACCGGGUCGAAAUGUGGGCCGGCCCAGCCAACCAUCACGAUACCUUGA